UAACAUUCAGGUGUUGUAUGAAGACCAAGCUUCAAACGACUUCAACAGUCUAUUUAAAAGGCUGUACGAUGACAGGUCCUACAUGUCGAAGUUCGACAAAGUGUUUCCGCUGGUAUGUGGCACCAGUUUCUACCAACAAUGUGUUCCUGACAACUUCUGUGAUGUCGUUAUCUCCACACUUGCUGCCCAUUAUCUGAGUGAAGAGAGCAAUUUUAAAUGUCUGGAUUCCAUCUUUCCGAUGCUGUCAUCGUCUAAUGAAGAGAUGCUAGCUUAUGAAGAAGUCUGCCAACGAGAUUGGGAGAAGUUUCUCCUCCACAGAGCAGCCGAGCUUAAACCAGGAGGACUUCUUUUUGUAGUUCAACAUUUAAAAACAUCAGUGAAGCCCCUGCGAUCUUCCUCCGUGACGAUGCCUGAUCAGGAAAGUAGUACGACAUCCUUUCAUGGAGGACAGGACAUUGUGUUUGACUUAAACUCAUCAUGGACAGAGUUAUACGAACAGGGCCUCAUAAGUAAGGAGGAGUAUGAGGCGUGUGUUUUACGGAUGGCAAUUCGUUCUCUGCAAGAGACUAAAGCUCCCUUUGAAAAUUCACCUCCAAGUACUGGACUGUGCUUACUACAAGAGCCUGAGCAAAUGUUCGUGCCCUCCAUUCCGAAGCAGUUAUGGAGACGAAAGCUAGAAAAAGAUGGUGUUAACGACAGAGCUUACUUUGCUGAUCUCCUCACAAAAGAAAUGAGACUUUGGACAGAAACCUCCUUCAGGAGCAGCCUGGUGAACACUCGCACUGCACACGAACAGUCGGAUAUAAUAGAACGACUCUACGACACCUUUCGAAGCAAAAUUGCAGCAGUAGACCCAGACAACUACCUCGGGGAUCUUACCUUGAGUAGACUAAUUGCUCAGAAAUCAGUCCAACAUUAGCGACUCUUGAUUAUCUCAAUACUAACGAACUAUGUCGCACCCAGUAACCACGCUUGCUGCAACCAUCGCACCUGUGUUUUUACUUUUAUAUUUGCGAACGGUUAAUUCUUCAUUUGAGAGCUGAAUCCCUAAUUUAUGUUAUAUCCCAAAGGCUUAAAUUUAAUUACAAUACAUCCGGUCUUUUUCAACGAAAGCCCUUUGACGUGAGCAAACAUGUUUACUCCACAUAAUAUUCUGUUUACAGCAAAUUCAUCAGAAUUACUUUGUUUACUGUGCUUCCCCUCAUUCUGGUUAAUCUUCAUUUAAUUGAUGAUAAUUACAAGUUACAAUGUUGAUUUUUUUUUUAAUUGAUAAUUUGUCUGGUAGGCUGAUGUGUGGCAAU